AAAUAUAUUAUAAAAAAGACAUAAAACAAUGUAGUGAUAAUAUAAAACCAUGCAUUAUAUUGGGAAUUUGGCAAAAAGUGUAGCUGGUUUAUAUAACCAAAUAAACUCAGCCACAUUGACAGGUGCUAUUGAUAUAAUGGUUAUAAAGCAUCCUGAUGGCACAUAUGUUGGAAGUCCUUUUCAUGUUCGCUUUGGAAAGCUUGGAGUUCUACGUAGUCGUGAGAAAAUAGUAGAUGUUAUGAUAAAUGAUGAAGAAGUAAAUCUUCACAUGAAGCUUGGUGAAGCGGGUGAAGCUUUUUUUGUGGAAUCUGUUAAAGAUAAUGAAUGUGUUCCUAAUCAGCUUGCUACCUCUCCAAUUCCUUCACCAACAAUGUUUUUUCAACAUUUAGAAAAUAAGUAUGCAGUUAAAGAUGAAAAAACCAAGACAGAAGUUUCUAUUACAGACGAUCAUAAUGUGUUAUGUAAAUCUCAGAGUAUUUCAAUACCUGGCAAUCAUAAUUAUGCAGAGAAUGAGAAGUAUUGGAGUUAUGAACAACCUGAAAAGUUAAAGUCAUAUUCUGUUGAUUUGACAUCUUCAAGAGUGCAGUAUCCUCUUUCUGACAUGGAUAGUCCGAUAUCUUCUCCAUUAUCUAUGAGUCCAUCAGAGUCACAUUUGCGCACUGUAUUCAGUGACACAGAAACUCCAUCAGUAGAAAAUGCAAUUGAACAAGAUAUUACAUGGUUGUGGGGUCAGUUGCCAGAGAAUAAACCAAAAACUCCUCGCAGCGCAACUUUAGUAGAACGAAGAAAGAAAACUAAAGAGAAAAAGUUGGAAUCAGAAGGCUUAUUACUAGCUGAUGUUCUUGCUGCUGACAAAGAUGUUGCUGAUAUUUAUUUGCACAGAGGUUCUGGAGAUGAAAUGGACUCUGGCUUUGACUGGGAGUUAACUAAUAAUGAUGAAACAAAAGAGCAAAGUAAAGUUUCUGAAAAAGAGUUGCCAACAACUGAUAAAGAGGAAAUAGGUGAGGUUGAAUUAUCUCUAUGUGGUGACCUGAAAAAUAGAAGGUUGGAACCAGAAAAUUUUAAAAAAUGCAUUGUAAAUUUUGAAGAAUUUUGUAAUUGUCCAUCGUUAUUACAUAAUCCAAAGUUGGUUAUUCGAAUUAAUGAAAGUUAUUACAAUUGGGCAGUGGCAGCUCCAUAUCUGAUGAGUUAUAUUGUGUUUCAAAAGCCUAUUGUUCAAGAUUGUCUAAACUUGCUUAAAAAGCAGUACAUGCCAAAGACAAGAAAAGGAUGGUUUUACUGGAGAACCACAAAUGAUGACUCAUCAGAUGAUGAAAAUUUAGUACAACCUGCUAUUUAUCAGCAUCAACGCAAUUUGCCCAUAGCCGAAGUUAAUGACUCAGAUGCAAUGAAUAGAACUUCUGAUGGGUUUUCUGAUUGUGACAUUGAAUAUCGAAAAACACUACGAUUAACUUCUAAACAGUGGAAAGCAUUGAACUUAAAAUAUGGUCCGAACAAAGUCACCUUUUCUGUUACCACACGAUUGCAGGGAACAGCGGAAUGUAGUGCAAGAAUAUUUUUGUGGGACUAUUCCGAUAAAAUCAUUAUCUCUGAUAUUGAUGGAACAAUCACAAAAUCAGAUGUUUUAGGUCAAAUACUUCCACAUGUAGGAAAAGACUGGUCGCAGAGUGGAGUCACAGAGUUGUUUACCCAAAUUAAGAAGAAUGGUUACAAGUUUAUUUAUCUUUCUGCUAGAGCAAUUGGACAGGCAUCAAUGACAAGAGAGUUUUUAAAUAAUGUACGACAAGGACAGAUGGAACUACCUGAUGGACCAUUAUUUCUCACCCCAACCUCUCUGUUUGUUGCAUUUAAAAAGGAAGUGAUUGAUCGUAAACCAGAAGAAUUUAAAAUUUCUUGUAUGCGAGAUAUUUUAAAUCUAUUUCCAACUGAUGUUAACCCAUUCCAUUCUGGAUUUGGAAAUCGUGUUAAUGACAUGUGGGCUUAUAGAGCUGUAGGUAUACCAAUAUCUCGGAUAUUUACAAUUAAUUAUAAGGGUGAAGUGAAACAUGAAUUAACUCUUGCUUAUACAUCCUCAUAUAAUAAACUUAUCCAGCUUGUAGAUCAAAUGUUUCCACCUUUAAGUUCUAAAAAUAUGUGCGCCGAACCUUCGCAGUUUACUGCGUUUAGUUACUGGAGAAAUCCUAUUCCACCAUUAAAUGUUUCAGAUGUCGAGGAAGAAAUCGAGUUUCCUUAAUUUUUAAAAGGAUGCACUCUUAAAAAUUUCACUUUUUUUUGUAAAUUGUGACUAGAAAUUGAUUUAAAACUUUCACUGUAAAGAAUAUUGACUUAGUGAACUUUAAUCUUGCAGAUUUAAUGCAAUUAGGACAUUGCUACGGGAUUAGAAUGUAUUAUAUUACGACGUUUUUGUCUUUGUUUUAUAUUUUCAGAACUAUUUUUUAAAGUUGUGAUUUCUAAUAUUUUAUAAUGAUUUUUAUGAUAAAAUUGGGUUUAAACUUAUUUUUCCUUUGAUGUUUUAAGAGUUUACGUUGAUUUAUUUCUUUAUAAAGUAGUGUUUACAGUUUUGUGAAUGUAGUUUACUGAACCUCAAAAGAUUGGUACAUAAUUUUAGGAACAAUAAAACAUCAAAAUUGUUUAGUUGCUAAUUUUUCGCUACACGGAGAUUGAAUUUUGAGACGAUUUGUAAAAUAUGAUAGCUACAAAGAUGACAAAAAUAUUUUAA